GAACUUGUCAUUCUUGAUUACAUGACUAAGAGAGGUUUCCGCCAGAGUCGUGAGGUAUUCGCCACAGAAAUUCUUGCUAAUCCAGUUCCUGUUGCUAUCAAUUCUCCUGAAGGAUUUCUGCAAGAGUGGUGGAAUAUGUUUUUUGAAGCUUUCAGCUCUAGGUUCCCUGAGGCUGCUGUACUAGCUACCGAAUCCUUUGAAAAGGUUGCACAGACAGUGAAGAGCAUUGUGUCUAAUAGUGGUCCUGCAAAUCCAUCCUAUGCUUCUAACCAUACAGGAGCAGACAUCUCUAAUGUGAUGGCAUCCUCUCCUAUAAUUCCGCCCCCUCAUUUGAUAGCAUCCGGCAGUCCUGAUCUUAUGGAUGCUAAGAUUUCAGAUUUAUUGUCAUCCAUUUGUGAAUUACCAAAUUUAUCUCCUCCAAGAGACAUGCCAUCAAGCUCACAGUUUCUUGAGAUGAGUGAAAUGGAUGGCAUGCUUCCAUUUGCAAGCAAUUCCGGCUAUCCAUUGCAGCAAAUUCCAACUGUUCCUCCACAGUGGAAUGCAAGAGAUGGCAAGACUGGUAUAAACUUUGGAGGAGCUACACAACUGGAACCAAAUAUUCGUGCCCCUGCAAAUGCUUUGCCUCCUUUGCCAGGAGCUUCUGAUGCGGGGAACUACAGGUUUUUCCAACAAUCAUCUCAUCAAGGAUGGCCGUUAGCUGAUGCAUUACCAGAAGUGGCAGUUCAAACGUUUGAUAAGCUCCACGUUCCUGCCCCUGCAAGUUCGGGUGAUUUCAAUCGUGUGCUCAUUCAAGCUGGAUCGAGUGGAAAAGAUGUAGGAAUGCUUGGUGAUAAAAAUAAAAGAACCCCGAAGAACUUACCAGUUGACAAGCAAAUAUUAGCUCCUAUAGGAGGAAAGCAAAUGAAAGAUUCGGGGAAGCAAAUUGCAGUGCAGGAGCAAGCGAACCAGCUGAGAUUGCAGUCUUCAAAUAAGAGUGGCAGAAAGAGGAAAACUUCAUUGAUUUCUCUGUCAGCUGUUGGGAAAGAGAAAGCUACUACAGAUUGUAUUAUGAUUGGCAAUAGCGACAGCUACUUAUCCCGGGGAGAUGCUGGUCUGAUUGCUGCAAGUAAUUCACUCGCUGCAUUGAGGAAAAGUAUUGCUGCUUCCAUUGAAUCUGACCGGAAAGGCAUCACUAUUAAAGAGAUUGGAAGCCUUCACGCAACAAAGAGCAAGCUCCUAUGUUGCCACUUCCAUUCACAAGGAAAAUUGUUAGCUACUGCUGGUCACGAGAGGAAGGUUGUAAUUUGGGACGUGGAACAUAGUGAUGUUAAAUGUGGAGAAGGUCAUGCUCAUCUAAUUACAGAUAUCCGUUUUAGGCCAAACUCAAUGGUGUUUGCAACAUCCUCUUUUGACAGAACUGUGAUGUUAUGGGAUGCAGCUAAGCCAAGCAACCCUUUCAAAAGCCUUGUCGGGCACGCUGAGCAUGUGAUGUCCACAGAUUUUCAUCCAACAAAGGCCGGUCUCCUCAGCUCUUGUGAUAGCAAUGAUGAGAUUAGACUGUGGGAUGUCGAUGAGGGCGAUUGCAAACUCAUUUUUAAGGGAGGUAGUAGACAAGUUAGAUUUCAACCUCGAUUUGGGAACUUAUUGGCAAGUUCUACAGGAAAUGUUAUAAAUAUAUUUGAUGUGGAGACUAACAGCAUCCAACAAAAGUUCGAAGGUCAUGUCAGAGAUGUCCGUUCAAUCUGUUGGGAUAUGAGUGGGAAUUUCCUGGCAUCCGUGAGCGAGGAUAGUGCACGGAUAUGGUGUGUUAGCGGAGGAAAGUGUUUACAUGAACUUUGCUCCAGUGGCAAUAAGUUCCAGUCAUGCACUUUCCACCCUGACCGCGCUCAACUCUUGGUGAUUGGUUCUCAUGAGUUACUGGAGCUGUGGAAUCCAAUGUACCAGAGCCACAGAACUUGGCCACACCGAGCACAUGAUGAUAUAAUUUCUUCAUUUGCAGAUUCACCUCCGACAGGAACCAUAGCCUCAGUGAGUCAUGACCAGUAUAUCAAGAUAUGGCAGUGAUACUUUGUUGCAUGCCAGUUUCUGCGGCUAUACCCCAUGCUCUCAGCUUCCAUUAUUAAUUUACUGAUGCUUCUUGGUUUAUGACUUUUACUUGGGACAAAGCAAGAAGACAGUAUUCUUGAUUUUGUUGAGGGAUACACACCAUUUCCCUGGAAUGAGUUAUUUGAAUGGCUGAAUCACUACAGAAACAGUCGCAAACUUUGAUUCAUAGUUUCAGACUCUAUUUAAUCUUGACAUUGUACUCUUCUGCCCUAUUUUAUUGUUUGGAAAUUGAAUUUAAAAU